CUUGUGUAAUAAACGUCUGAAUUAAAUGUGGUCGCGCGAGAUAUCAAAGGAAAAUUCUAAUACUUUAAAAACGUAGUAAUGCCACCCUUUUCUUGAUAAAAAUAAGAUGGAUUUAUAAAGUAAUGGGAAGAGAGCAACUCGAGAAUGAACUCCACUCACUGCAUAGAGGCACUUUUAUAAAUAUGAGUAACAAUGGAAAUCUAGUAUAAUUGAAGUGGGUUGGGGAAAGAUUAGAAAUAUUAUGGGUUCCCAAACAGUUUCCCAGGUUCCUAUCGUUGACUUCACUCUUGAUGAAGAGUUUAAACCUGGUUCAGCAAAAUGGGCUUCUGCAUGCCAAGUGAUCCGUAGUGCACUUGAGGAUCAUGGUUGUUUUUAUGCAUUGUGUGAUAAAGUUCCUAUGGAGCUUCACAACUCAGUUUUUACUCUAAUGGAACAACUCUUUGAUCUUCCAUCGGAAACAAAAAUGCAAAAGAUCAGUGACAAGCCCUACCAUGGCUAUUAUGGACAAAAUGUUCAUGUCCCUCUAUAUGAAUCCCUAGGGAUCAAUGAUCCAUCGACAGUGGAAGGAGUUCAAGAGUUCACAAAGCUAAUGUGGCCAACAGGAUAUGAUCAUUUCUGUGAGACUCUGACUCUCUAUGCAAAGGUGCUGGUAGAAUUGGACCAUAUGACUAAAAGGAUGGUGUUUGAAGGCUAUGGUGUGGACCAAAGGCACUGUGAUUCUCUUCUGGAAUCAACAAAGUACAUGCUUAGGAGCUUCAAAUACAGACUGCCGCAGGAGGAUGAAAAUAAUUUGGGACUGCAUGCUCACACCGACACCUCCUUCUUUACCAUUUUGCAUCAGAAUAAUGUCAAUGGUUUGCAAGUUAAAUUGAAAAAUGGAGAGUGGAUUCAUACUGAUCCCUCACCCUUCAUGUUUCUCAUCCUCGCAGGUGAUGCGUUUAAGGUUUGGAGCAACGAUAGGAUACAGUCUUGUGAACAUCGAGUGAUUAUAAGUGCAAAGAAGGAAAGAUACUCGAUGGGACUAUUUUCGCUUGGAGGCAAGAUAGUUGAAACACAAGAAGAGCUAGUUGAUGAAGAACAUCCAAGACGUUAUAAGCCAUUUGAUCAUUAUGAAUACUUACGUUUCUAUGCAACAAAGAAGGCCUCGGAAUCAAAGUGUCGAAUCAAAGAAUUCUGCGGCAUAGACUAUGCUGAUGAAAAGUGAAAGGUUAAUUAAAUGAUACUUGUGCUACAUGUGCAUCACAAAACUAGGUGUCUGAACGCCAAGAAAAGAUUGUCAUCAAGAUAUGAGGCCUUGUUGGAUUUUGAUGAGCCUUGUUUGGCAAUAUUUGCUGCCUGCAGAAGGUUUUGAAGUCUUGCUUGAUGUCUCUUAUAUCAUUCAGUCAUUUGAUAUUUUAUUUGUUAUUUUGACAUUAGUAUUGUACUGUUAUUCUUGAAUUUGAUAUUAGUAUUCCAUUGGAUA